CUUCGUAAAAUACAACCAAACCGCUCUAUUUGCUAAGAUUCUCCGCGGAAUGAGUUAUCAAUACAGCCAGGGUUAUCGACCGGGUGGUUCCCAACACCACCCUCCUCCAGGGGCACCCAAUGGAGGUGGCCCCGCUGGGGGACAGUAUGGUGGUUCCCCUUAUGGAGGUGCCCCUCAAGGGCAACAGUACGGUGGACGGGCUGUACCUGGAGCUCCUUACAGCUCUUAUGGUCCACCUGGUCCAGGAGGUCCCCCUGGAGCGCCGUACGGUGGUGGUCAGGCUCCAGGCGGUCAGGCUCCAGGUGGCCCUUACGGAGGUUAUGGACAGCCCCAGGGAGGACCAUAUUGUCAGCAGGCUCCUGCAGGUAACAUUCCUCCUGGGGUGAACCCCGAGGCUCACCAGUGGUUUUCAUCUGUGGACACAGAUCGAAGUGGCUACAUUAACCAGAAGGAGUUGAAGCAAGCCCUCAUCAAUUCCAACAACUCUACCUUCAAUGACGAAACCUGCAUUAUGAUGCUCAAUAUGUUUGAUAAGACUAAAACCGGACGUAUAGAUGUAUUUGGUUUCUCUGCACUCUGGACGUUUCUGCAGCAGUGGAGGGCACUGUUCCAACAGUUCGACCGGGACCGAUCCGGUUCAAUUAACAGCAAUGAGAUGCACCAGGCAUUAUCUCAGAUGGGCUACAAUCUGAGUCCUCAGUUCAUUCAGGAACUGGUGAAUCGUUUCUCUGCGCCUGGUGGUGUGAAUGGGGUUCUCCAACUGGACCGCUUCAUUCAGGUGUGCACCCAGCUCCAGAGCAUGACGCAAGCAUUCCGCGAGAAAGACACCGCCAUGACUGGAAAUGUGCGGCUGAGUUAUGAAGAUUUUCUGUCUGGUGCCGUUACCAGACUGAUGUAAAAUACUGUUUAAAUAAUCAAGGAGAAGACCUGAUUCUGCUAAUGGUUGAAGACCAUUGUCCUUUCAAUAGUGCCUUCCACUGCAGGUUACCUAGAUUUCACCACAUUGAGCUGCGAAACCACUGUGUUCAUUAAGCAUUGCCAGCAAGCCAAAAUAUAGUACGUAUCGCUACAGACUACCUAUAAUAUGCUUGUCUGCUUUAGACAGAUACAAUAUAUCCAACACUAAUGCCAAAAAUGUCAAUGGUACAUGCUAUUAGCCAUGCAAGAAGCAUUAUUUACAUGAGUAUGACAAAUAUUUCACAUUAAAUCAAGUGUUGAAUGAUGCCCAGAUGAACAUUUUUAUUUUUUUUAAUAUAAGUUUUGAAAUUCUAAAUAUUUGUAAUGCAAAUUAUUGUUUUGCCUUUUUCUCCCAAAAGCUAUUGUUGUAUGCUUUAGUUUGUAUAUUAAUAUUUAUGCUUUCUCCACCUUCCCCCUUUUUAUUUCAAAUAAAAUUAUAAUAGGUGAA